AUGUAUAACUUAAAAAAUAAAGUGAUUGUUAUCACAGGUGCUUCAAGCGGGAUUGGUAAAGCUACAACAGAAAAGUUAGCAAAAGCUGGUGCUAAACUUAUCAUCUCGGCUCGUAGGGCAUCACUUUUGGAGAAAAUUUCAAGUGAAUUAUCUGAAUAUGAGGUGAGUUACAAGGUAGCAGAUGUAACCAAAUUAGAUGAUAUGAAAGAACUUAUCAAAUUUGCAGAUAGUAAGUACGGUAGGGUUGAUGCAAUGUUCCAUAAUGCUGGGAUUAUGCCUAUGGGACCUCUAUCUGAUGGUAGCAAUGAAUCCAAUGAAAAGUGGUUUUCUGCAGUCAAUGUUAAUAUUAUGGGUGUUAUAAAUGGCUUAUCUGCUGGUCUUCCGUAUAUGGUUAAACAGAAGCAUGGUCAUAUGAUUGCCAUGGGAUCAGUUGCUGGGCACUUAGUUUACCCAAAUUCGGCGGUUUACUGUGGAACUAAGUAUGCUCUCGGGGCAAUUAUGGAAGGUGUAAGACAAGAGAAUAUUGAAAAUAAUAUUCGUUCAACAAUGAUUUCUCCAGGAAUUGUCAAUACAAAUUUAGUUGAUAGUGUAAAAAAUUCCGAUAUUGAAGCUUGGGUAAAAGGUGAAACCUCAGAUCCAUAUAAAUCAUUGAGUCCUGAAGAUGUUGCUGAUGCAGUUAUUUAUGCCUUAUCUACACCUGAUAAUGUAGCAAUUAGUGAAGUUUUAAUGCGUUCUUCUAAACACAUACUUUGA